AUGGAGGCGGACUGGGACGAGCUAGCCAUCGCUCAACUGCCGCCCCCCGGACCACAUCUUCCCAAUGUGCCGAUAUCGACAUUCGCAUUCGACACGACGCAAGAACUAUUAUGGACAGGCAACAACCAAGGGCGCGUCACGUCCUUUUACGGCCCUCAUCUCGAACGCUAUACCUCGUACCGCGGACAUGCGCCUCCCGAUGGCCCUGUCAAGCAAUUUCUCUUCACGGAGAAGGGCAUUCUUUCUAUCUCUAAGAACAGCGUCCACUACUCCCAUCGCCGCGGGCUCACACAAUGGCACCUGACGAGCGCCGAGUUCAAAGACAUGAAAUGCAUGAACUUCACGUCGAAGGGUACGCGCGAGAUUCUGGUCGCAGGAUGCCAGGAGCAAAUGUUCAAAGUGGACGUGGAAAAAGGCAUCAUCACGCAUACGCUUCCUGCCGAGGCUCAGUAUACUAUCAUGAAGCGCGCUGGGCAAUAUCUGUGUGCUGCGACUAAGAAUGGUGGUAUUCACAUCUUGGACUCGAACUCGCUUUCCGUCAUCAAAGUCUUCGAAGGACACACUGGUAGCAUCAGCGACAUGGACGCUAAGGGCGACUUUCUCGCAACAUGUGGCUGGUCUCCUCGACAACAGUAUGCGUACAUGCUGGACCCAUUCACCAACGUCUUUUCCUUGAAAACGCUAAAACAGCUACCUCCCAUUCCAUUUCACACGGGUGCUGCAUUCGUACGCAUGCAUCCCCGCAUGUCGACUACGGCCUUUAUAGCAUCGCAAAACGGCCAGAUGCAGGUCAUCGACCUCAUGAACCCAGACUCAGCCAACCUCCGACAGUUGAACUUCUAUGAAUCUUAUCUGACUGGCUUCGAAAUGGCACCCUCUGGUGAAGCCAUCGCGCUGGCAGACUCAAACUCUCAAAUUCACCUCUGGGGUUCGCCAACUAAGGUGCAUUUCCCAGAAUACAGUAACCCAACAGAGACCGCAGACCAUAACGCCCAACCGCCGCCACAGAUGGAUUGGAAUCCUGAUACGCCUCUGAGCACUGUUGGCAUGCCGUAUUACAAGGAACAGCUGCUGUCGAGCUGGCCUAGUCAUCUGAUUUUUGAAGUCGGCGCUCCCCCACCGAAGAUUGAUAGUGGCAUACUCAACAAUAUGACACGCACCGAAAUUGGGUUCUUUGCCAAGAACCCUAGAACCAAGCGCAGGAACCAAGCUGAAGUAACACGGCAGGUGGACAGAGUCAGCGAGUCGCUGUCCGCGCCCAAGUUUCUGAGCGAGAAGACCCGAGCUUCGCAGUCUUUUACCGAACCAGACGCCAAAGCCUCAGAGACCAUGGAGACCUUGACUGACUUGCAUCUCGAUGACGUUACGCGCAAAGAUGUUCCUGCCAUGUAUGGGAACGUAGAAAUCAAGUAUAGCAAGUUCGGCGUCGAUGACUUCGACUUUGCAUACUACAACCAAACACCUCAUUCUGGCCUGGAGACACACAUCACCAACUCCUACGCUAACCCCCUUCUGCAACUCUUCCGCUUCACGCCGUUGUUGCGGAAUCUUGCGUUGCAACACACUGCUUCACCGUGUCUUUUCGAGUCAUGUCUCCUUUGUGAGCUAGGCUUCCUUAUCGACAUGCUCGAAAAAGCGGCUGGGCUCAAUUGCCAGGCAUCCAAUUUUCUGAAGACUUUUAGUGGCCUCUCGAAUGCAGUUUCACUGAACCUACUCGAAGAGUUCGCGCCUAAUGUUGCGCUCACCAGCAUGAUCCAAAAUCUCAAUCGCUUCCUACUCGAAAAGGUUUCGGAGGAGUUCCGACAAAUGCUGCCAGGUCACACUGGGCCGUCAGCCAUGGAUCAAGUGUUGGAAACUCAGGCGAAGGCCAGCAUGAGAUGUGCACAAUGCAACAACGAGACCAUUCGUGGAGGCAAAAAUUUCGUCAAUGAGCUCGUAUAUCCAGCGAAGCACGUCAUGAAAAAUACACGGAUACCACGUCCCACCUUCUCGCAAAUCUUGAAAGCUAGCGUCGAGCGACAGGAUCAGACUAGGGGCUGGUGCACCAAGUGCAAUCGGUAUCAACAGAUGGUACAGCGGAAGACGAUACAGUCGAUCCCUGGAGUGUUGAUGCUCAAUGCCGCCAUACAAAGCCACGAAGCGAAGCUAUUGUGGUCAAUACCCAAUUGGCUUCCACAAGAGAUCGGGAUCAUAGUAGAUCAAGGUCAAUUCUACUGUUUCGAAGGCCAAGACCUGAAGCUACACUUGCAACGCGGAGUACACCAGAUCAUGGUGUAUGAGCUUGUCGGAGUGGUCGCAGACAUCAACAGUGGCGAGCAUCAGAAGCCUCAUCUGGUAGCGACUAUCAACACUGCACCGUCUUCACGAGAAGAAGAUCUGGAGGACAGAUGGCAUUUGUUCAACGACUUUUUGGUGAGACCGAUACCGAAAGAAGAGGCUCUGCGUUUCGAGCCGAGUUGGAAGCUUCCAUCAGUCCUUACCUUCCAGCUAAAGUCUGCUCGCAACAAAAUCGACGACUCGUGGAAAGAGAACCUCGACACUUCCAUACUCUACAGAUGGUGGUCGUCCAAUCCAACGCCUCCAGAAACGAAGUUCAAGCUACUCCAACACUCAUCCGAAGAGCCGCGCCCCGGCUACCCCGUCGCCAUCGACGCCGAAUUCAUCCGCCUCCAAGCCGAAGAGAUUGAAAUGAAAGCAGACGGGACCCGCCAGACCAUUCGUCCCGACCGCAAAGGUCUAGCCCGUGUCUCCGUCUGCCGCGGCGAAGGCGAGCAAGCCGGCCUUCCCUUUAUCGACGACUACAUCGCCGUAACCGAAACCGUAGUCGAUUACCUCACCGAAUGGUCCGGUAUCUCCCCCGGCGACCUCAGCCGAGAAACCUCCCCCCACGCCCCCGUCUCCCUAAAACACGCGUACAAGAAACUUUGGCUCCUGCUCAACCUUGGCUGCGUCUUCGUCGGGCACUCCCUCGCCAACGAUUUCCGUACUAUCAAUAUUCAUGUGCCCAAGAACCAGGUUGUGGAUACGAGUCAUUUGUGGUUCAAACCGGACUUUAAGCGGAAGUUGAACCUGAAGUUUUUGGCCUGGUGUGUACUGAAAGAGAGUAUUCAGCAGGAGACGCAUGAUUCUAUUGAGGAUGCGACGACGGCGUUGAAACUUUGGAGGAAGUGGCAAGAGUUUGAUGAUGCGGGAGUGCUGGAGCAAAUGUUGAAUGAUGUCUAUGCUAAGGGAAGUUUGGUCGGGUUCAAGGCACCGGGGAGUGGGGGGAGAGUUGGUGGAAACGGGGGCAGGGUGGUCGAAGUAGGGUUGUGA